GCCGCGAAAGUCACCAAAGAAAAACAAUAACAAUCGAUAAGAAUUUUGGUGACCGUGAAAAAAAAGAAAUACCGAGAUUUUCGGCAUCUCUUCAGUGUAAAUUUUUUCAUAAAUAUGCACAGCUGUAAUUCCACGUCUCGUUGAGUGGAAAUAGCAGCUGAAGUUUGCAAAAACAGUUUUCCAAAGGAAUUAUGAUAAGUAGCGACACAUCGCAAGGUGUUUAUGCUCCACUGUGCCAGACCAUGAGUGAUUCAGAGAGUGAGGAAGAGCUGCUGCACAGGAAUCAUCAUCAUGCGCGGCUGCAGCCAAAAUCUGGGAACGCCGUCAGGACGCCCAGCAAUCUCACGCGAAUCGAGAACCAUCUAAUGUUCUCCACCACGGAAAUCCUGGGCAAUUACAGCAAUGUCGAGCGGGGAAGUAUUCCGCCAACCUGGACAAAUACUCUGCCCGAGCGAAAAGGCAUGUCAGGUGUGCGGAAGGCGCUCUUUUGCGCCUCCAUCGGGCUCUGCAUCCUCGUCACUGUGGCCUUCCUGUGGUUGCUGCCCUGCUCGGACUCCGCCACAUGCUCCAAUGGUGAGAAGGGCAUGAAGACUCACAACUGGCUGCGGGAUUACGAGAAGAUUGAGCUAAAGGGCGUGAUAAAUACAGUGGCUGGCGUGCAGGGCAGAGGAAAGAAUCUUAUCUUCAUGUAUCGCAGCGACAGAGUUUUUGCGGAAUUCGAGGAUGGAGAGCAUCACACGAAUGGGAUCAUCUCGCUGAUUGGCAGAGGCGGUCAUGUUGCGUGGUAUGACGAGAUGCCGGAGGAACCCAAGUCGAUAGACUGCACUCUCGUGGAUGUGGAUAAGAAUGGCCAACCGGAUUGUCUGAUCGUGGGAAAGAUGGGCCUUCUGGGCGCUCUGGAUCCCGUCUCAGGCGAGUGGCUGUGGCACAUCAACACCAGAGGAGCAAAUUCAUCGAGAAUCCCAGAAGAUUCUGUGGAUUUCCCACUGAUUUUACCAGAUUUGAAUGGAGAUGGCGUGAAAGACCUCCUGCAGAUCGGGCUCAGUGAUGCGAAUCAACACAACAGUCUGAUUCUAAUCUCUGGCGCUACUGGAAGAGUCCUGGGCAAGAGCUACACCGUGAUGGAAUGCGAGAGCAUCCACAGAUUGACAAUUGACAAGGAUUUCCGGAUAAAUCUCAGUUGCUGGCGCAAUGAGAGCUCAGUGGCGUUCAGCAAAUCCCUCGAGGAUCUCUAUAGAUUGUGGACAAACACCGCCCUGAAGGUGAACAUACUGUCCAGGCCGGAGAGCAUUGAGCAGCACCGCUUACUGGGCCAGCGGAAGAACACGGAGAACCAGUACAACAUCUAUCCGGCUGGCGGAAGGGAGCUAAUUGUGGAAAAUCGCGGCAAGUGUCCACAUCACUGCAAUAUGACGGUGCGCCUGACGGACGAGAGGCACAACCACGAAGUGCUGAUAAAGAACGGAACGGGGAUAUACGGCAUGGUGCCCACGAGUCUCAGCCUGAACACCACGAGGAGCGCUGUAAGUGGGUUCAUUGUGAAGUUCUGGGAGUGGACGCCGUCUUCCGGGGAGUUGUUCAGCUCACGGAAGCGCCGUGAGUUUCCUGAGAUGGUGCGCAAUCACACGCACUCGCCGAUGGAGCCGAUGCUGCGCAUGCGAGUGCUGCGCGAAGUGGUGCUCAUGAUCCUGUUCAACUCCACAGACACACGCGUAAUCAACACUAGUCAGAACAACAUUGUACAGUUCUGUCUGGAGGAGCACGGCGAGGAGAUUUUCUGCCAGCCGGAUCUCAACUACCAGGAGAACUCGCUGAUGAUCGCCGAUCUGGACGAUGACGGCUCGCAGGAGCUCAUUUCCUACUACACCACGUUCAUCAGCUCGGACAAUGAGAAGGAGAACUGGCGCCUCAUCACGUACGUUCAGCUGUUGCGCCUGGAAUCGGAACUGGCGAAGCUCAGCGACUCCGACAGCGUUUAGGGACUAAAGUAGCGUGUAUGUUAUCCACACUUUUGCUAUCAGUGGGAUUUGUAAUGUCGGUGGGUGUGUGCUUGAUAAGGGAAUUCCUUGAAUUUUUCUAUACAUUUUUCGAGUCGCGCACUGGUCAAUUGUAGAAUUUAUCACCGGUCUUUGAGAGUUGCUCCAAGAGAGAUGGACUUAUGUUCCCGCCACUGAUUAUUUCAGCGUGAUUCUCAGUAAUUCCCUCAAAGACCACAACGCGUGCAUGAUUAAUCACCUGACUUUUUGUUAUUCUAGUCAUUUUAAAAGUUCGCCUCUUGGAGAAUUUCUCAAUGGUACAUAAUUUCAUCAUUAACACUAUCUUAUAGUCCAUUUUGUGAUAAAUAUUGUUACGGCACGGCUUUAACACACCAACAUAUUUACCAAUUAUUCUUCCAAAGAGCGAAUGAAGAAUUCACCAAAAAUCGAUGUUUCACCA